AUGCAAGACAAAGAAGACUUUGCACUGAAAUGGGUUGGCACAGAUGAUGUUUACAAAGCCCUUCGCCUUGAAGAAAUCAAUAGAGUGUUUUCCUACAAGAUGUCAAAUCGCACUCUCGGGAGAGACAAAGCUCCAAUCUGCAUUGAACUUAACAAGCCACCAUUGGAUCCAGCCUUGGAAGAAGAAAUGAAGCAACUUCGUUAUGCCAUGCUGCUGUCAAAAAUCAAAACCACAUUAGAAAAGGAACACCAGAAUGAUCCAAACUGCAAUGUUAGUAGCACGAAGGAUGAGCAUGGACGAGAGAUUGAAGAAGACGAAAGUGAUAUGAAUGAAGAUGAAGAUGAAGAUGAUAAUGAUGAUGAUGAUGCAGAUGACGAACAUGAUGACAGCGAUGAUGAUGAUGACAAUGAUGAUCAGUUGGGUAAUGUAGGUGUUCAGGAAGCCGAUCCCGAAGACAGUGAUCCAAUUUUGAUCGGUCCUGAUUAUGAUACCUUUCCUCAAAGAUCUCCCCUAAGAAAAUUACCCUUUGACAGUGAUAACCCGAAAGAAGCUUCAAAUGAACAUCUCGAAGAUCUGUCUCGUGCCAUAGUUCCACUUGUUCUACCUAUGGACGAGACUCCAAUCAAGCAAGAGAAAGAAUCUGUUCGUGAGGGCAAACUGGAAGCCUCACCAAUCCUUCUCAGCUCAGCAAGUGGUGGCAAAAGGGAAGCACUACAUCAAGAUGAAAAAAUGGACACAACACCAACAAACAUUGAAGAAGAGUCUACUGCAGAAUCCCCACGGACUAUCACGAACCUCAUGAGAGAAACUGUCCAUUCAGCCGAAACCAUCCAUUUGCAAUAUCUUGCUUUACGGCAAAAGGACACGAAAGUUUUAGAUGAUUUAUGCAAGAAGGUAGAUCUUCUGAUGGCUGCUCAAUCUCAACCUCAGCCUCCACCUCAAGAACAGCCUCAACCGUCUCAACAAGCUCAAUCUGAUCACAAGUUCCUUGAGCGAAUUGCUAAGAGACUUCAUGAAUUGGACACCACCAUGAACAAAGUUGCACGGCAACAACACGAGCUCAAACAUUCUCAUUUUGGCCUUAAAGAACAUGUUGACCUAGCAUUCAAUAAGGUUUCCUCUGUUCCUCCUACCACCUGUGCUGAUGAUGCCAAAAAGGGGGAAAAGAGAAAUGAUGACAAGGAUAGGGAUGAUGAUCAUCCGAGAGAUCCGAGAGAUAACACGAAAGAUCAGUCUCCAGAAGCAAGACACUCGCCUUCUCGGACACCAAGAGACUCUGGCCGAAGGAACACAAAUCCAUCCCAUCCUCCAUCAAGGUCUCGUGGUCACCAUUCUUCAAAGCCAAGAUCCAUGGUUGAUACCAAUCCAGAUCAAUUAAGCCUCGCCAAUCUUUUGGUUCUGAAGCCAAGUACAUCUUCGCGGGUCUGUCCAAGAGAGAACAGACAAAACUAA